AGUAUUUUAAAAGUGUGUCUGAAGAUCUUACAACAAAUGAAUUGCCAUAAAUACAAUGAAAACAUGUCGAGGGUGUAUUUAAAUCGGGCAUUUCUAUAUUGUGUAUUUCGAUGAUUGUGAGGGUGGUCUGGAAAUUAACUCCAGCGGUGGAAGGGCAUUACUGAACAUAUUUUUUGUGACACCUUUAUUUAGUGGGAGAUAUUUUAUCAGAUGUCUCUGACCACUCUGAACCAUCUACAGAAAAAUGGUGACGCUGGAUGUGUCAUGCUUGGGCCUUCAUGCACGUAUGCCACCUUCCAGUUGGUGGAUGAUGAAAUUGGCCUGACCUUGAGCAUUCCCAUCAUUUCUGCGGGGAGCUUCGGGCUCUCGUGCGACUACAAACCCAAAUUGACUCGGAUCUUGCCGCCGGCACGCAAGAUCUCGGACAUGUUCUCUCAUUUUCUGACGGCCCAUUUGCCAUUCAAAGAGGUGUGGAAGCAUGUUUACGUGUACAAGAAGUCGAUCUAUAACGCGACCGAGGAUUGCUUCUGGUACACAAAUGCACUGGAAGCGCCUUCCGCCAACUUCGCUACAACACUAAAGAGGGAGAUGCUACGUUCUGAGGAUGAGCUCAAGAAAGCUCUCAUGUCUGAGAAAAGACACAGUAAUA